CGCCAAGCCUCACCGAAAGAAAGAAAAAAUCUUGUGAUCUGUCAUCUAUUAUAUCAUCUCUCACCAAUCAUCAAAUCCUCUGCUCAUAAACCUUCAAACCCAACUCCCAAAAAAAAAAAUGGAGAGUGAAGUGAUAAGGCGUAGGAUCAACACCAUUUCUGCUCACUUUGCUGCUGGAAUUGUCACUGAGGAUGUCACUGCACCUAAUGCCCACUUAAUUCCUUUGAACUGCAGCAGCAAUAUAAGCACUUCAUUUAGAAGGCUUGAUAGCAGAAUGCUAUUUGGACGGCAAGCAUCUGCCUCUCAAGGGUAUUUUACGAGGCAGGCAAUGCUGAAUUCUACUGAACAGGGAAAUGAGGUUUCCAAAUGCAAAGAUUGUUCUGCAAGGCGUGAAAAUGAGAAAAAGACUGCUGUCCUUGAGUUACCAUUAUUUUCUCGUCCUGCCUCUAAAGAUCCACUUUAUUCUAGACCUGUUCAAGAAGAAUUGAACUUUCCCGAAAUUGGUGUAACUGAAUCCUUUAAACAAGAUGAAAUGUUACCUGCAUCAGAAUGCCACACAUCUAUCGUUCCACAAGAGAAGCAAAGCACUUGCACGAGACAGAUGUUUUCUUCUCAAAUCAAUGGGAUAGGAUGGUCGCCAAGGAUAAACAUUGUUGAAUCAAAAUGCAGUCAUGUCAUCACAGUUGAGCUUCCUGGGGUUGAGAUCAAUGAUAUUAGAGUGGAGAUGGAUGACAAAAACUUAAUUGUGAGAGGUAAACGGUCAAUGAAGUGGUUGAAAGCAAGAGGUUCUUCAAAUGACUCUUUCACCACUUACCACAGGAGGGAAAUUGCGCAAGGACCAUACCAAAUCAUUUUGCCACUUCCAUCUAGUGCAAACAAGAACUCUGUGUCUGCAGAGCUUGUGGAGGGAAUACUUCACAUCACAAUCCCAAAACUCUGAGACCGAUAAUUUGGAAACGAAGGGCUCACAUAUGAGCACAGAGGAUCUAUAUACCCCUAAUAUUGAUGUAUGUAUAUAUCAAAGUCGUAACUAAAGUUGCUUGAUCUAGCUUUACACCCCUACUUUUCAAAGGCCUGGACUGCUAUCAUGAGUUUGAGAUGACCCUUGAGGGGUCAAGUCCAUCUAUCUUACCAUCCAAAAAAGAUAUACUACGUAUAUAUAUAUGUACCCUUAUAUAUACCUGUAUUUGUACGUAUAUAUCAAAAGAUGACGGACAAUAUUAUGUAUUAUUAUGUGUGUUCUUGUGUUAUAUUCCCCUGUUCGACUCUUCAUAGCAUUAAUAAUUUGGAUUUUUAUUAGCCUUUAAGCUCAA